AUGUCGAUUCUUGCGCAUGCUCUGGGUGCGAGUGUGCAUCAGGGGACCCUGGCGGCCCGGGAAGAGAUGCAAGAUGCCAGUCGGGUGCGGCUUUCGCCGAGCCCGAUAUCACCACCGCCCCUUUCCCACUUCCGCUACGGAACACUCAAAUCAGGAGUCCAGUCCUCCAUUUUCCAGGCCUCAGAAACUAAGGGCGAGACCAGGACACAUCGCAAAGCGUACUCAGUACUGAAUCUUGGCGGCGAGCGUUUGAGGUGA